UAAUCAAGAAGUCAAGAGCAUCGACAAGUACCAAGGCAAACAAUUCAAACUGAUAACAACGAAAUACACUGUGAUUGCGAACAAACUGGUUCUUGCCAUUCCUGUCAGUCCCAUGAAACGAUUACAGGGCUCAGUGAUUGAAAGGAUUAAAAGGGAUGCUAUAUUUGAUUCAAUUGGAUUCGGGGUGGCGUUUAAAGGCUUUGCAGUGUUCAAGGACGCCUGGUGGCAAAGAAACAGUACUGGACGACGUUACCUAGCGGAUGAACAAGAAAUGUUGUCAAACAGUGAUUGUUUGGGAAGAACAUUUCCUUUCAAAUCACGCGGUUCCAAUGGCGAGGCGGUGCUUCAAAUGAGUUACGCCAAGCUUCGCUGUGCUGUAAAAUGGGGAGAGUUAUUAAAGAGUUCGUCUAAGGAUUAUGUGGACAAAGAGAUGCACAGGGCACUUAGACGACUCUUCCCUGGUGUAGACAUUCCAACUCCUCUGGAAUCGGUGUACAAAUAUUGGG